AUGGUGGGUGAUGGUGUAAGAGACCGCAAGGUGAGCCGGAAAAUUGACGUGUGUUUGGCUGGUUAUAAGAGUAGUCACGGCCCCUCCAGCUUCCUCGGCCACGAGAGGCGGAGGGCUGGAGGUGUGCGUAAUGAGCGGGUCGUAUGUGAUUUGGGGCUGGAGGAAGGAGAUGAUGAACGAGUGACGCACCGGGGAAGGAAAGAGCUAAAUGGUGAUAAGUUGGAUAGUGAUGAUUUAGGAGGCGAGUGUGUUUUGUUUGUGAUGGGUGGCUUGUAUGCUGGGUGGUAUAUUGGUUUGUGA